GGCAACGCAAUGCUGCAUUGGAGACUCAGGAACGUGUACCAUGGGUAGCCCCUGACGACGCUGAAGGAAGUGAUGUCGACGUGAGCCCUUUGGACAUUGACAGUGAUGAUGACGACCCUACCUACGUUCCUGACGAAGGCCUUACUCAGGACGAUGCCUUUGACCCUCCUAACUCUAGAGCUCGCAAGGUCAAUGUUGUUGUCCCUCAAGCGAUGCCUAUGGAAGAGGAAGGUGAGCCUAACCCUAAGAGGUCUCGUGCUGAUGAAUGGAAGAAGGAAGACAUUGAUAUCCGUGCCCUGCCCAACUUCAUUCAUCAGAAGCCUGACUAUUUGAGGGAACCUUAUGAAUAUUUCUCCCAGUUCUUCACAACUGAAUUGAGGGAACACAUUGUGUAUCAAUCCAACCUGUACUCAAGACAGAAGGAUGUAGGCAGCAACUUCCACAUGUCAGAAGAGGAUCUCAUGGUUUUCCUUGGCCUCAUCGUGUACAUGGGCCUGGUUCCUCUCCCUAGCAUAGUUGACUUCUGGGCCGUGAAGACCAGGAUUCCUCAAGUUGCAGACUUCAUGUCCAGGAACGCUUCAAGGCAAUUCGAUCUUCCCUUCACUUCAGCGACAAUGACCAGGCAGUUGCAUCCCAAGAUCGGUUCUUCAAGGUGA